AAGGCCGUGUACAGUGAAAUGACAGCGUAAGCGCGGAGGGUCUCUCGGCUUCGAAUAACGGGUGUCUCGGAGUUAGCUGCGCUGGCUAACAUUAGCUCCCAGCGAACGGGAAGCCUUUAGCUGAAGCUAGUGUCAAGCGUGGGCUCCGUAGCACGGACGCGAGGAGCCGCUGUCAGGCCUCGCUAACGCGAUGCUGGGUUCGCGGCGCAAACGUUACAACACAGCGGCUAUAAAUGCUCCCUGUCCCUGCGUCAUUGACUGUUUGACUCGGCGUCAGUACUGUUGGACAGCAUCGGGCCUGCGGAGGUGCUUUGUGUGCUGCUGGGUUUCGCCAGUUCACACAUUUGACAGGAAAAGCAGCAGCAGCAGCUCAGUUGUGACCGUGAUUUAUAUAUUUAUUACACGUUUGCUUACAAACACACUCACGUAUGAAGUAUAUAUAUAUAUAUAUGAAUACACACAUGUCUAUUACUGUGUAUAUUCUUGCGUUUGCCAAACACAGUUGUUUUUUUCUUGCUAUUGCGCAAAGUUGUCAGGCUUUCACACCAUCACAAACCGGGCAUGGAGUCACAGAUGGGCGGUGCUCACUGUCAGCAGCGCACACGGCAGCAUUUGCACGUUGUUUACGUUUUAAAUGUGUGAAUUUACUUGCAUUAUAAAUAAAUGUGUCAGAACAAGUUAGUGGAAUAACUGCAGCAGCUUCUCCCACUGGGCGCUAGCUUGCUGCACAGCACCUGUAAGGUGACAGUGACGAUGUUUGUCUUCUUAUUAUAUUUCAUUGAUAUUUUGAAAGACACUACACACACAUUUCCUGCUUAUGUCAUUGUUUACAUGUAAAUUCUGGCGUGCCCGUCUUUCUGGGUUUGGAGUUGGUGUCUGCUUGUAGAUCCAUGUUGGGUCCGUUUCUUUAAAAAGUCCGGCCCAGAGCACUCGGUCCAUCAUUAGUAGAGGAUUCAUCGUGACUGAGCAGCUGACUUUGAACCUGCCAUAUGUGUUUCCUCCUCACUUGCGUCACUGAUACUGAAGAGGGUCAAGAUCACAGGCUGCUUCUGUUGCCUGCUGGCUACAUUAACCAGAAUUAGCCUGAGCAAAAGUCGGAUUUGGCCACCUGGCGAGGUUUGAGGUGUAUCUUCACCAAUAAAGAUGUACGCAAGCGCAAACCUGUGUGAAACCUAUGACUGGUUUAUUAUUUCAGUCCAGUCACUCCUGACACAUCAUGAAUGGUGAAGGGCACCUCCCACUUUGGUGCUGCUUAGUUUUUAUUCCUGGCCUCAGCGUUGCUUUCUAAAUGUGGAUUCCCUGCCAAGACCUAAGAGGAAGACUCUCUGCUGCUUGUGUUUACACUUUAGAGGAUCCUGACAGGAGACAUCAGGUGGACAGUUUGCUGUCUGGUUGCCCGUGGUAACUCUCCACCAUGCCUUUCCCCUUUGGCAAGUCCCACAAGUCGCCAGCAGACAUAGUCAAGAACCUGAAGGACAGCAUGACGGUGCUUGAGAAGCAUGACAUCUCUGACAAAAAGGCAGAGAAGGCCACAGAGGAGGUGUCGAAGAGCCUGGUGGCCAUGAAGGAGAUCCUGUAUGGGACUCAUGAGAAAGAGCCCCAGACAGAAGCAGUGGCCCAGCUCGCCCAGGAGCUCUACAACAGUGGCUUACUUGGCACCCUGAUAGCAGACCUACAGCUCAUCGACUUUGAGGGUAAGAAAGAUGUGGCUCAGAUCUUCAACAACAUCCUGAGGCGUCAGAUUGGCACUCGAACACCCACAGUGGAGUACCUCUGCACCCAGCAGAACAUCCUCUUCAUGCUGCUUAAAGGGUAUGAGUCUCCAGAGAUUGCCCUAAACUGUGGUAUCAUGCUGAGGGAGUGCAUCAGACAUGAACCGCUGGCCAAAAUCACACUGUGUUCAGAGCAGUUUUACGACUUCUUUCGAUAUGUGGAAAUGUCUACGUUUGACAUCGCCUCAGACGCAUUUGCCACUUUCAAAGACCUCCUCACAAGACACAAGCUGCUGAGUGCAGAGUUUCUGGAGCAGAAUUAUGACAAAUUCUUUAUUGAAUAUGAAAAGUUACUCCACUCAGAAAACUACGUGACUAAAAGACAGUCCCUCAAGUUACUGGGUGAGCUGCUGCUCGAUCGGCACAAUUUCCUCAUAAUGACGAAAUACAUCAGCAAACCAGAUAAUCUCAAACUAAUGAUGAAUCUGCUACGAGACAAAAGCCGCAACAUUCAGUUUGAGGCCUUCCACGUUUUUAAGGUGUUUGUGGCCAACCCCAACAAGACGCAACCCAUCCUGGACAUCCUGCUGAAGAACCAGACCAAACUCAUCGAGUUCCUCAGCAAGUUCCAGAACGACAGAACAGAGGACGAACAGUUCAACGAUGAAAAGACUUACCUGGUCAAACAGAUCAGGGACCUGAAGAGGCCCACCCCCCAGGAAGCCUGAGUAAAGUGCAGAGGUGGGCCGGGGGAGAGGGGGGAGGAGCCACCAACACCACGCCUGGGAAAACUUUCAGACAGCAUCUGCUUUACGGAACAUUCAGCAGCUGCUCCUCUGGGUUCUGAACAAAAAAAUGAAUAAAACUGGUGAAGCAAAUUAAAGUCCGACAAAAAAUGCAAAAGUACCCGUAUCAACUCAUCAGGACAUCUCCAGCUCCUCUGUUCCUCAGACAACUUUUCAGUUGUUUUUCUUUCCAGUCUUUUCAAAAGAAAUAAGUCAAUAUAAUAGAUGCUGCUGCUUUCUUGCACAUUGAGACGUAUAAAGUAUAUUAGGCCGUCAUUGGUGGUGACAUAAGAAUGUCCACUUUCCGUAAGACACACUCACACACCGAGUGACAAAAAGAGGUUUACACACGUAUGUAUUAAAACAUGCAGAUACACACAUGUGCAGGAACAUCAGCGUAAAACAACUGUGUGAUGGAAACACGGGGACGGUACGAGCGAGUGGAUGGUUGGUGUGUUCUUGGUGCAUGCGCACACAUCCACGGCUGCACCUGGAGUCUGGCUCUCAUCUUCAGUGACCACCAUAGUCUGCAUCUAUGCCUUCAUCCAAUAAAGCAAGUGUGGUUGAUAUUACUGAUGUAGUGGGGGGACAAGCAUGUACCUGCUGUGCUUUGUUUACACACACAGCACCUGAGGAAAGAGGAUGCAAGGUAUGAAUGUGGUGAAGCCUGAGAGUUGGGUCUGUAUGUUGUAUCGGGCCAGGGUUAACGUGUACAUAUGCCUUUUCUUUUCUUUGUUUUAUUCUUUUGCUUUAUAGACUUUUUGUUUAACCUUGACAUAUGAAUAUGUGUAUAUAUAUACGUAUAUAUGUAUAUAUAUAUAUAUAUAUAUAUAUAUAUAUGUAUAUGUAUAUGUUACCUUAAACGUCAUGUUUUUGGUUGAUUAACAAUGAAGUCACUUUCUCUCCCGUAACAGAAACAGUAAAUGAGUGACAUUGUUUUGGCUGAAAUGGUUGCUGGUGGUUUCUUUUGUACAUACCUUAAAGGGCCAGCUCAUGUUUAGCUAACCUAUAGGAUUUGAAUCAUUUGUACAGCGGUGGAAUGUCGUGGGUAUUUGCUCUGGAUCUGUUCAUCCUCCUCUUCUUUUUUUAUUCUAUGUUUUGAGGAUCUCUGGGACUGCUGCAGGCCUGUGUGUGUGUGUGUGCUUUGUGAGGUGCUGAGUGAUGGACAGUGGGAGUGGGAGUGCUGCGUGGCCCCGCGGUCAGAGGCUGAUCUCAGUGGUCAUACAUGUUCUUUCUUUCCCCCGUUUGUCCUUGUGUUUGAGCCGUUCUCCUCAGAAGGUUGGUGAUUCGUGUACGAGUGUGAAGCGUGGUGAGUAGCAGACGACAUGUCUUCAGUUCCAUAAAUGACUCGGUCAAUGUGAGGCUCCAUAUUUAUAUGUGUUAAAGAGGCUGCAGAGCACACUGACCAUGCAUGUUCCUCCACAGGCUGUGUGUGCAUGAUGCUAAAGACAUACUGGAUUUUUCUUUUUCUUUUUUUUAAUAUUUAACAACACUGAAAUGUCACAUUGAACUCAGCUUCAUGGCUGUCUGCUGACUUUGACUGGAGUUGACUGGAGUUGACUGGAGGUGAAGCAUUUCUUGUGACGGUGCUUUCAGAAGUGUCAAAGGCCUGGGCCCUACAAUCCAAAUAAAGACAAAAACAAUUUGGAAUAAAAUA